ACUUACCACCUCUGCGUCACAAUGGCCGAGACCACGCGAGUUCCCCCCACAGCCUCCGACGAUAUCGUCGCCUCGGUCGAAGCCCUCCGCGCUUCCUUCCGCAGCGGCACCACACGGGACUUGAAAAUGCGCCUACAGCAGCUGAAGCAGCUACGACGACUGGUGAACGAGAAUGUGCGUGAGCUGCAGGACGCGCUGUUCCAGGAUCUGCGCAAGCCUCCAGCUGAGACGCUCAUCUCGGAAAUAGCGCCUAUCCGUGGCGAAAUAUCGCUGCACGAGGAGGAAAUGGAGAAUUGGGCGGCGCCCGAGCGCGUGUGGACCAACUUGGCCAACCUGCCAGGCCGCUCCUACAUCCAACGCGAGCCACUGGGCGUCGUGUGCAUUCUAUCGACGUGGAACUACCCUGCAAUGCUCUCACUGCUUCCACUGGUCGGCGCAUUGAGCGCUGGUAACUGCGUGCUACUGAGACUGCCAUCGGAUGACACAUGUGUGCACACGAGCGAGUUGCUACUCAAGCUCGUGUUGACGUACAUGGAUCCACGCUUCGUGCGAGUGGUGCAUGGCGGCAAAAUGGCUACACAGACCACAUUGCAGCAGAAAUUCAACUUGAUAAUGUGCACUGGCGGCUCCACAAUUGGCAAGAUCGUGGCAGAAGCUGCAGCCAAGACACUGACGCCCACGAUAUUGGAACUCGGUGGUAAGUCCCCCACUGUUGUAGACGAAUCGUGUGAUAUUGCAGUCACAGCGCGACGCAUCACGUGGGCGGCGUUCAUGAACGCAGGACAGACGUGUCUACGUCCAGACUACGUGAUGGUUAGUGCCAAGAUCGGCGACAAAUUAGUCGCAGCGAUUCAGAAAGAGAUCACGGCGUUCUUCGGCCAAGACCCACAGAAGAGCGCGUCAUACGGACGACUGAUUACACAUAAGUUCUUUGAUCGUGUGGCUGAGUCCUUGGAGAAAGAUUCAGAGUAUAUCGUGUUUGGCGGGGAGAAGGACAGAGAAGAUCAGUUUGUGGCGCCGACGCUGCUCAAUUUCAGGAAGGAUAUGGACGCGUUUACACGCAGUGCUGUCAUGCAAGAAGAAAUGUUUAGUCCUCUGUUGCCUGUGGUGUACUAUGACACACUGGAUGAGGUUAUUGACUUCGUGAACGACCGCGAGAAACCAUUGGCGCUUUACGUGUACACGUCGAAUUACAAGGUUCGCACGCAUGUCUUGGAGCAGACCAGUUCCGGUAGUGCAUGUGUGAACGACAGCAUUGUGCAGUCGGUGAAUUUCAACCUUCCGUUCGGUGGCGUGGGGGCGUCUGGCAUGGGCUCGUACCACGGAAAAUACUCGUUUGACGCGUUCUCGCACAAGAAGAGUGUUCUGGUCAGAUACGCCAUGAUGGAUGCACCUCAGCGGUACAUGCCUUACACCAACUCGGCGCUGAAUAUUGUGAUGCUGCUGAUGAAACCCCUUCCCAACUCGCUCAUUGCGCUUGCGGCGUAUGCAUUGAUCUCACUUGGCAUCGCUGUCUUGGGACUCCUCUUGCAAAUGUACCGUGCUGCAGAAGUGCUGGAGGAGUAAAACAAAACAACACAAGUGGUUUGUACAAGAUUGAUAAUGCAGUGUGCGUGUGUGAUACAGUGCAGAUCAUUUCAACAAGUUUCAGCUUUGAUUGUUUGAUUACCGCUAUUACUUGCUACUUGUGUCUGCUGAAGUCUUUAGUCGACUGACGAUGGAUGUCCUGGUUGUCUCAAUAACUUUGUGCACACAAACCAGGGUGAUUAAAGCCACAGUAAAGUCCCACGCGUCGCUCACUUGCUCUGAGAUCUCCAUUCGCUCGAUUGUAUCUUUCAUCAUAAUCUCUAAUGCCAUCACUUUAGGCUCGUAGAAUGCUACAAAUCGAGCUGGGUACGAUAGUAAAAAGUGAAUCAAGAGGAAAAUGAUCUCCGUUCCUUCGGUUAGACACGCGUCCAGCGCCAACACCAAGCACGAAAAACACAGGGCAGCUUGAAAAACACUAAUGUGUCGUCGAGAGGUUGCUGCUACCACUUGAUGCGGUCGAGACUUGAGAUGGAUUGGGGCCAUGGCGUUGAGGAAACAAGCAAAAAGACCUGUGCAGACAUGUAUCAACUAUAAACAGCAACCGUUUCAAAGUAAGCUGCAAGUAGUAUUUAGUUUUAAAAACAAGCAGGAGUAAGUGCAAGGAAUAGAAAAGCUCGGCUCUCAUUUAACGGUAUUUGAGCACAGCGACCGCCAGACAUUCUAGAGUGUAGUCAAAUGCGAGAUAGUGUAUGAAAGGAU